AUGGGCCAAUACUUUUGCCUUAUAGCGCCUCACCAUCGCGAGCGACUUGGCUGGUAUGGCAAGCUUGGUGAAAUCCUCUUCGAUGGAUCCGCGUCUGGACUCGUUUCUCUCUUUGCCAGGCCGACUCUACCUUUGAAGAACACGAGCGACAAGCCUAAAAAUAUACCCGUCGCUAUUCAGGGAGCCGUCACCCCGCAAAAAAGACGAAGGCAGUCAGAGAGUUUCUGCAAAUCAUCUCGUCCUCACGAACCUCUACGACGCGAAGUUGCUCGGUCUCGACUUCUUGAGCUGCCAGCUGAGGUAGGCUAUAUGAUUUUCGACUCUUUAGACAUCACAAGCGUCUUUCUCCUAGGCCUUACCUGCCAGAGGCUCUGGGCAAUAGCGAAAACGGUUAUUGAACGGCACUUUGCUGCGUACUUGGGCGAUUGGGCCGGGACACCCGUCGUUUGUGUUGGUAACGAAAUUGCACCUGGGAAGAGUUUUACAUAUCCUCAAGGAUUACUGCUCCCGGAGGACGUUGAUGAGCUCCAGGAAGGGUUCGACGUGGACGAAUUAGAGGGGGAUGCACCAGAUGAAUAUGCCGGGCAGCCUGUCAACCUGUUCCAUUUAGCCGAUAUUCGCUACAUCGACGGCCCAUUUAUUCGCGUACUAGGCUAUGGCGAAGUCAUUCUUUGGAGGACCUAUUGCUCCUCGACCGCUGUAGAGGGGAACCAUCAAGGAGCAUGGGCUGGGCAUGCUCUAGAUAUUGUCCCCUCUACCUACCUAGACAGCGGUGGCCCUUGGAAAGAUGUUAGCGAUGAAGUUGCAGAGGAUAUUGCGAAAGUUUGGGAAAGUGCUGAAGGCAAGGACUGGAGAAACCAAUUAAUUGAGCAAAGAGGGCGUAACCGUGAGGUCACGGGGGUAGCCCAAACCAGUAACUUUGGACAUCGGUUCUACAACGUGGAAGCAAUCACAUACCUGCUUUCGAUGCUUGAUAUCGACUAUAGCACGACUAACUAG